AUGGCGUUCCUUCGCCAGACGUGGACCCUCACGGUGAAGAACUGGGCCAUCAUCUUUCGCCACGCCGUCGCGGCCGUCUUCAUCGCAUUCAUCCUACCCAUAGCUCUGACGACCUUCUUUAGUUUUGCAAAGAAUCUAUUCGUGCCGCCGUCCGUCUUUGGCAUUUCAGAUCCGAGAAGCAUUCGAUCCCUCCCGGACGCCCUCAACGUUGCAGCAGAUUCCGGUCGAGGAACCGUCGUGUUCGUAAACAACGGUUUCUCUGGAGGUGACAUCGAUAGGGUCAUCGAUACCCUAGCAACCUCUGUAGAAAGCGCCGGCAAAACGGUCCUCCGCCGCUCGUCCACUGCCGAUCUUGGGACCGAUUGUCCUACCAACCUCCGCGGUGUCUCUCAAUGCUACGGAGCCGUCGUGUUCCAAGCCUCUCCGUCCGAGGGCCCAGGCGGCUACUGGAACUACACGCUCCGCAGCGACGGAGCUCUGCGAAGCAUUGUUGUCGAUGUCGAUUCGGACAAAAACGAUGCUCAGAUCUAUCUGUUGCCGCUACAGAGAGCGGUCGAUGUUGCUAUUGCUUCCAUCCAGUCCGGUUCAUCGUCCGGGUCCGGGCCGUCCCAAGUGGAGCAGGGUCCUCUUCCCGAGACCGUCAACGAAUACCCUUUCACGUCUAUAACCCAGGAGGAGCGUGCUGUGAGAAUCCGCAUCAACUAUCAAAGCGCCAUCACCAACUGGAUGGGCGUAGCAUUUAUGACGAGUGUCCUUUUCGUCACAUACCACCUCACAGGAUUCAUCGCAACCGAGCGUGAAAGUGGCAUGAUUCGUCUCGUCGAUGCCAUGAUGCCCGUCAAACGCAGGUGGCACGCGCAGGCUGCCCGUGUCAUCUCCUACCAUGUCUCAUUUAGCCUGAUCUACAUCCCAGGUUGGGUCAUUGGGUCAUUGGUGCUGCGCGCUGGUGUUUUUGCGCGAACCGGCGUUGGAAUCGUCUUGAUAUACCACCUACUCAACGGAAUCGCCAUGGUGUCCCUCUCCAUCUUGACCUCAUCGCUCUUCAAGAAGGCUCAGAUCAGUGGCAUCGCCGCCAUACUCGCCAUCAUGCUCCUCGGCAUCCUUGCACAAUCCAUCUCUUACCCGAGCACUGCCGCUGUGGGACUGCUUAGUUUUCUCUUUACGCCCUGCAACUAUGUCUACUUUAUCACAUAUAUGGCGAGAUGGGAGCGAGAGGACUUGCCAACCAAUCUGGCCGAGGUUGCCCCGGGUAGCCCGUGGCAGCUUUCCGGUAUUAUUCUAUGGGUAUUCCUGAUUAUCCAGAUCUUUACCUACCCUUUACUUGGGGCCCUAAUCGAGUCAUCCCUUCAUGGCACUACUACGAAAGGUAGGAAGAUAGUCCUGAAGUCGCCUGGCACUCAGAAUGACGGAACGGCGGCCGGCGAGCUACGGCUGGACGAUGCUGCUGUGCGUUUGCAAGGUUUCACCAAGAUAUACUGCCCUUCCUCAAUCCGUCGUCUGUUUUCUUUCAUCUCGCACCCUCAUGACCCGGUUUGUGCUGUCGACAACCUGACUCUGGAUGUCCGCAGAGGACAGAUUCUUUGUCUCUUGGGCGCCAAUGGCUCUGGAAAGUCCACGACACUAGACUCGAUCGCUGGCACGAGCAAGCUUACAAGCGGCACUAUCACCAUUGACGGCACUGGCGGACUCGGGAUUGCACCUCAGAAAAACGUCAUGUGGGACGACUUGACGGUUGAGCAACACAUCGAGAUCUUCAACAGGCUCAAGUCCCCUGGGCAGAUCGCUUCCAAGCAGGAGAUCCGCGACCUUAUCAGGUCUGUCGACUUGGAGUUAAAAGGCAAAGCCAUGUCGAAGACGUUGUCUGGAGGUCAAAAGCGCAAACUACAGCUGGGCAUGAUGCUUACCGGAGGAAGUGCUGUCUGCUGCGUCGAUGAAGUCAGCAGUGGCAUUGACCCUCUCUCUCGACGUAAGCUCUGGGAUAUUCUCUUGGCUGAAAGGGGUCGAAGGACCAUAAUCCUCACAACGCAUUUUCUGGACGAAGCCGAUCUCCUUGCCGAUCAUAUCGCCGUUCUGUCUAAAGGCACCCUCCGUGCCGACGGCUCCUCGGUGGAGCUAAAGGACCGUCUCGGCGGUGGGUAUCGAGUCCAUGUGCACAAGGACACAGGAAUUAAGAACGCUCCCGAUGUAGAAGGAGUUCAAAAGAAGAUUUCUUUUGACCUCAUCAGCUAUAUCUCGCCGUCUUCAGCCCUGGCCGCCAAGGUGAUUCGCACUCUUGAGGCAUUUGGGAUUCACGAAUACCGUUUUUCGGGGCCCACCAUUGAGGAUGUAUUUCUUCAGUUAGCCGAAGAGAUCCGUGGAGAAUCUGACGAUGUACCUCCCGACCCAGGGUCGGACCUGAACGAAAAGAAGACAAUUUCGACCGCAUCGGCCGAAGUUCUCCCCGUUGGUGCCGUGCCCCAGGGAGGGCUGCAACUGCUUGAUGGCAAGCAGAUUGGUUUCGUGGAGCAGGCAGUGGUACUCUUCCGGAAGCGCAUCACCAUUCUCAAAACCAACUGGAUUCCAUACUUGACCGCAUUCGCUUUGCCUGUGGCAGCUGCCGGUCUUGUCACUCUUUUCAUCAAGGAUCAAGCGCAAAGUGGAUGUGCACCCUCUGAGGAACGUUCACUUGACCAGACAGAAGGAAUUGGCCUCACGGACUUCGCCUGGAAUCUAGUGCUUGGUCCGACUUCGAGAUUGGAUUUCAACACUGCCGCUAGUGUCCUUCUCCCAGCGUUCGAUGCUGCUGCUGCUGGCUCCGCCUCCGCCUCCGAAGACGCCGGUGGGAUUCUCACACAGAAUUCCACUUUUGUACAGAGCUUCCAGGCCUUUCAAGACACCAUCUUUGAUCAACGGCUAGAGACCCUGCCGGGUGGGAUCUGGCUGGGUGGUGACUCUGCUGUACCAACCAUCGCGUACAUGGCCGAUUACAAUGGUCUCAUCAACCCUCUGCUUACGCAAAACAUUUUCAACAUGCUUCUUAGCAAUGUCACCAUCAUCAUGUCCUGGGCACCAUUUGCCACCCCCUUCGCAAGUUCGGAUGGAGAUGGACUGCAAUUCAUCGUCUACAGCGGCAUCGCUCUUGCUUGCUACCCAGGAUUCUUUGCGCUGUAUCCCAGCCUCGAGCGACGACAAGGGGUGCGCGGGCUCCAGUACAGUAACGGCGUCCGUGUUUUGCCGCUGUGGUCGUCUUACCUCGCAUUCGAUUUCCUCAUUGUUCUGGCAUCCACAGCUCUUGUUACCAUCCUCUGGGCUACCCUGUCAUCCGUCUGGUAUCAUGUUGGGUUCAUUUUCGUAGUAUUUUUGCUCUACGGCUUGACUGCCAUUCUUUUGGCGUACGUAAUAUCCCUGUUCUGCAAGACAGCGCUGUCCACGUACGCCUGGGUCGCGGCCGGGCAAGCGGUGAUGUUCCUGGUCUACCUGAUCGCCUACAUGUGCACGGUGACGUUCUCGCCCGUCCCACGAAUCGACGACAACAUCCUUGUUGUUCACUUCGUCAUCUCAGCUAUCGCGCCUAUUGGCUCAGUCGUGCGCGCCAUGUUCCUGGCUCUGAAUCUCUUCUCGACGGCCUGCGAAGGACGGCAACUUGCAUCAAACCCGGGUGGUAUCCUCCAAUAUGGAGGUCCUAUCUUGUACUUGCUCCUGCAGUCCAUCUGCUUGUUCUGCAUUCUUUUGUGGGCUGAUAGUGGCUCCGUGGGAACCUCAUUCCGGCGGCUCUUGCACCGGCGUUACCAUGACGAGACAGAGGACGCGAACUCGGCUGACGAGGAAGUCGCCAACGAAGUGGCAAGAGUAACCACACAGAGUAGCGAUGACGGUCUGCGGGUCAUUCAUCUGACUAAAACGUUUGGGAAGAACACAGCCGUCGACAAUGUAAGCUUUGGUAUUCAGAGGUCUCAAGUGUUUGCCCUUCUUGGGCCAAAUGGUGCAGGCAAGUCAACGACCAUUUCUCUGAUUCGCGGAGACAUCAAACCAAGUCGAAACGGCGGUGAGAUUCUCAUCGAGGACAAGUCCGUCAUCCACGAUCUGCCUGCUGCCCGAGCAAACCUUGGCGUGUGUCCCCAACAUGACGCCAUGGACUUGAUGACUGUUCGCGAGCAUCUCGAGUUCUAUGCCCGUGUACGGGGAACCCCUGAUCUCGACCACAACGUAAACGCUGUUAUCCGCGCGGUCGGUUUGCAGGCGUUCUCGACGCGAAUGGCACACACACUCUCUGGUGGCAACAAGCGCAAACUGAGUCUUGGUAUCGCCUUGAUGGGCAAUCCGAAGGUCCUUAUCCUUGACGAGCCUUCUUCAGGGCUGGACGCGGCCGCCAAGCGGAUCAUGUGGAAGACGUUAGCCGCCACGGUCGCAGGCCGGUCCCUCCUACUGACCACGCACAGUAUGGAGGAGGCCGAUGCUCUCGCAAACCGAGCUGGUAUUCUCGCUCGACGCAUGCUUGCUGUCGGCACGACGGAUGAUCUCCGACAUCGUUUCGGCGAUGCCCUGCACGUCCAUUUGAUCAGCAAGACGGCACCGCACACUACACCCGAAGAAACCAAGCAUCUGCGCCAAUGGGUCACGGCUACUUUCCCGGGAGCCGACGUAGAGGAGAAAACGUACCACGGCCAGAUGCGCUUCUCCGUACCUGCAAAGGAGGUGGUCAGCGUCUUUGGCGGCGACAAGGCUAAAGACAUCACGCCUGCAAACGACAUGUCAUCGAGUGCGAUUGGUCAGCUGGCUGUGAUGUUGGAGGAACAGAGAGAGUAUUUGGGUAUCAAUCAUUUCAGCGUUUCACCAACAACACUUGAUCAAGUUUUUCUCGCCAUUGUGGGGAAGCAUAACGUCCAAGAGGAGGGAUACAAGGUGCCCGAGAAAAAGUCCUGGUGGCGUUGUGGCUUAUGA